UAUAUAUAUAUGUCAGAAUCAUAUCUUUGUUAUGUCAAAUUAUAUGACUAUAUAUACUUGCUUAAGAAAACAAACUUAGUAGUUAGUACCACCAUAACAUAAUAUAACAUAACAUGGAAGAUAUUAGUAGUAGUUGUGUUCGUUCUAGAGGUGGCAUUGCUUCAAGUUACAGGGGAGUGAGGAAGAGGAAAUGGGGUAAGUGGGUGUCGGAGAUACGUGAGCCAGGGAAGAAGACGAGGAUAUGGUUGGGGAGCUUCGACACACAAGAAAUGGCAGCCAUUGCCUACGAUGUGGCUGCAUUUCAUCUUAGAGGGCGUGGAGCUCACCUCAACUUCCCAGAGUUGGCAGAUGAACUACCUUGCCCUGCCAACUCUGGGGCAGAGGAGAUUCGUAGGGCGGCUCAAGAAGCUGCAGCCGCCCUUCAAUCAAGGGCGGCUGCAACUGGGGGUAUGAAUAACCCCUACACCCUACAGGGUGGAGAGGCGAGUGCCCAACCCUCGUACUAUAAUUCCUCGUCUCCUACGAGGGUUGGGCUCUCGCCUAUGCAAAUUCAAGCUAUAAAUGAAUCUCCAUUGGAGUCACCACAAUUAUGGUCAAGUAUGACAGACACUCUCAUGAUGGAUGACAAUUACUACUAUUGUAAUAAUGUUGAGAUGAAUAUGAAUAUUGGAUGGGAGGAGGAUGAGGUCCCCGAUGACUCCUUGUGGGAUUAUUAACAAUUUCUUUUGUUAAACGACGUACAACAAAUACUCGAAUAAGGUGGGGAAUUGCAAUAUUUGGUAAUGGAUCCAUCUUUUUGGGUACUAUAUCUAUCUUCAUUCACUAAUGUCAUCAAUGUUAUUUAGUUUGUGCUAAUUUAUACAUUCAUUAUUUGUAGUAGUAACUAGUAGUAAGUAGCAAUUGUCUUGAAGUCAUGCAACGCUCACAAGAGGUUUCUUGUUGCAUGGGCUAACGAGAAGUUCAUCUUAUUUGGGCUCACAUCACGUGAUUCCUAGAAGAUUUUUAAUACAAAAGUUAGACUAUGUAAUCUAACUGUCUCAAAACCCGGAAAAGGAAUGAGGACUUUUGGAGAGUUAGAUAAAAAUAAAAGUAGAUUAUAUUUGAUUUUUUUAAGAAAGGUAAUCGGUUGUACAAUAUUAGAAUGUACAAUGGUUACUCAGUAUAUUUUUUAUCGGAAUCUGCUAAGGAUUUAGCUGAUUUAAUUAGUACGAUAAUAUCGUAAUAGCAUAGUGGUUCAUGUUGGUUUUAAUAUAUAUAACCUUUGUCAUUUUUUUAUUUGAUUUGAUUUUUGAUGUACUCCUUUGUAAGUUUUAUAUAGUGGUACUUGGGAUACGUGUUUAUUCCAUUAUCAUAUUGUACUUUCCAGAAGUGGUAAUAAUAUAAUUU